CGGCUCCCACCCUGCACUGAGUCCCGGGACCCCGGGAGAGCAGCCGGUGUAUGGUUGUGUUUCCUCUGCCUGCGCUGGACAUCACUUGCGCACUACAGAAAGCCCAGACCCUCUCCUACCAGCGCCCGCAGACACCCCCGCAGCCGCGGCCGAGCCGGGGCACCCUCGCCCUGUGCGCGGGUGCUUCUUGCGCUGCGGCGCGCGUUCCCCGUCCGCGCCUUCUUCUCGGGGCAGGCCCGGGGAGAAAGAACCGGCGUCCGAGUUCUGGGCGCUGCUCCUGGCGCGAGGUGCGGGAUGGAGAGCAAGGCGCUGCUGGCCAUCGCUCUGUGGCUCUGCGUGGAGACCCGGGCUGCCUCUGUGGGUUUGUCUAGUGUUUCUCUUGAUCCGCCCAGGCUCAGCAUACAAAAAGACAUACUUACUAUUAUGGCUAAUACAACUCUGCAAAUUACUUGCAGGGGACAGAGGGACUUGGACUGGCUCUGGCCCAACACUCAGAGUGGCUCUGAGAAAAGAGUGGAGGUGACUGAGUGUAGUGAUGGCGUCUUCUGUAAGACGCUCACAAUCCCAAAAGUGAUCGGAAAUGACACUGGAGCCUACAAGUGCUUCUACCGGGACACUGACACAGCCUCGGUGGUUUAUGUCUACGUUCAGGAUUAUAGAUCUCCAUUUAUUGCUUCUGUCAGUGACCAGCAUGGAGUGGUGUACAUCACCGAGAACAAAAACAAAACUGUGGUGAUUCCAUGUCUUGGGUCCAUUUCAAACCUCAAUGUGUCACUCUGUGCAAGGUAUCCAGAAAAGAGGUUUGUUCCUGAUGGUAACAGAAUUUCCUGGGACAGCAAGAAAGGCUUCACGAUUCCCAGCUACAUGAUCAGCUAUGCCGGCAUGGUCUUCUGUGAAGCAAAAAUUAAUGAUGAAACUUACCAGUCUAUUAUGUACAUAGUUGUGGUUGUAGGGUACAGAAUUUAUGAUGUGGUUCUGAGCCCCCCUCAUGAAAUCGAGUUGUCUGUUGGAGAGAAGCUUGUCUUAAAUUGUACAGCAAGGACUGAACUAAAUGUAGGGAUUGACUUCAACUGGGAAUACCCUUCUUUGAAGCAUCAGCAUAAGAAGCUUGUAAAUCGGGACCUGAAAACCCAGUCAGGGAGUGAGAUGAAGAAGUUUUUGAGCACCUUGACUAUAGAUGCUGUAACCCGGAGUGACCACGGGAUGUACACCUGUGCGGCUUCCAGUGGGCUGAUGACCAAGAAGAACAGCACGUUCGUCAGGAUCCAUGAAAAACCUUUUGUUGCUUUUGGCAGUGGCAUGGAAUCUUCGGUGGAAGCUACAGUGGGAGACCAUGUCAGAGUCCCUGUGAAGUGCCUUGGUUACCCUCCCCCUGAAAUAAAAUGGUAUAAAAAUGGAAGACCCAUUGAGUCCAAUCACACAAUUAAAGUGGGGCAUGUACUGACUAUUAUGGAAGUGAGUGAGAAAGAUACAGGAAAUUACACUGUCAUCCUCACCAAUCCCAUCUCAAAGGAGAAACAGAGCCACGUGGUAUCUCUGGUCGUGAAUGUCCCACCCCAGAUUGGUGAGAAAUCGCUGAUCUCUCCUGUGGACUCUUACCAGUACGGCAUCACUCAGACACUGACGUGCACGGUCUAUGCCGUGCCUCCCCCGCAUCACAUCCACUGGUAUUGGCAGCUGGAGGAAGAGUGCACCUACAAGCCCACCCAAGCUGCCUUAAUGACAAACCCAUACACUUGUAAAGAAUGGAGAAAUGUGGAGGACUUCCAGGGAGGAAAUAAAAUUGAAGUCAACAAAAAUCAAUUUGCCCUAAUUGAAGGAAAAAACAAAACUGUAAGUACCCUUGUCAUCCAAGCGGCAAAUGUGUCAGCUUUGUACAAAUGUGAGGCAGUCAACAAAGCCGGGAGAGGAGAGAGGGUUAUCUCCUUCCACGUGACCAGGGGUCCUGAAAUCACUCUGCAACCUGACACCCAGCCAACUGAGCAGGAGAAUGUGUCUUUGUGGUGCACUGCAGACAGAACUACCUUUGAGAAUGUCACAUGGUACAAGCUUGGCCCACAAGCUCUGCCGAUCCAUGCGGGGGAGGUGCCCACGCCUGUUUGCAAGAACUUGGAUGCUCUUUGGAAAAUGAAUGCCGUCAUGUUCUCUAAUGGCACCAAUGACAUUUUGAUCCUGGAGCUCCAGAAUGCUUCCUUGCAGGACCAAGGAGACUACAUCUGCUUUGCUCAGGACAGGAAGACCAAGAAAAGGCAUUGUGUGGUCAGGCAGCUCACAGUCCUAGAGCGCAUGGCACCCAUGAUCAUGGGAAACCUGGAGAAUCAGACGACAAGUAUCGGUGAAACCAUCGAGGUUUCGUGCACAGCAUCUGGGAAUCCCCACCCACAGAUUACGUGGUUCAAAGAUAAUGAGACGCUUGUGGAAGACUCAGGCAUUGUCCUGAAAGAUGGGAACCGGAACCUAACUAUCCGCCGAGUGCGCAAGGAGGAUGAAGGCCUCUACACCUGCCAGGCGUGCAGUGUGCUGGGGUGUGCAAAAGUGGAGGCAUUUUUCAUAGUAGAAGGUGCCCAGGAGAAGACGAACUUGGAAGUCAUUAUUCUAGUAGGCACUGCCGUGAUUGCCAUGUUCUUCUGGCUACUUCUUGUCAUCGUUCUACGGACCGUUAAACGGGCCAACGGAGGGGAGCUGAAGACAGGCUACUUGUCCAUCGUCAUGGAUCCAGAUGAACUCCCCUUGGAUGAACACUGCGAACGCCUGCCUUAUGAUGCCAGCAAAUGGGAAUUCCCCAGAGAUCGGCUGAAACUAGGUAAGCCUCUUGGCCGUGGUGCCUUUGGCCAAGUGAUUGAAGCUGAUGCCUUUGGAAUCGACAAGGCAGCAACUUGUAAGACAGUGGCCGUCAAAAUGUUGAAAGAAGGAGCAACACACAGUGAACACCGAGCCCUCAUGUCUGAACUCAAGAUCCUCAUCCAUAUUGGCCACCAUCUCAAUGUGGUCAAUCUUCUAGGUGCCUGUACCAAGCCAGGAGGGCCACUCAUGGUGAUUGUGGAAUUCUGCAAGUUUGGAAACCUGUCAACUUACUUAAGGAGCAAGAGAAAUGAAUUUGUUCCCUACAAGACCAAAGGGGCACGAUUCCGUCCAGGGAAAGAAUACGUUGGGGAAAUCACUAUGGAUCCUAAACGCCGCCUGGACAGUAUCACCAGUAGCCAGAGCUCAGCCAGCUCUGGAUUUGUUGAGGAGAAAUCCCUCAGUGAUGUGGAGGAAGAGGAAGUUUCUGAAGAUCUGUACAAGAACUUCCUGACCUUGGAGCAUCUCAUCUGUUACAGCUUCCAAGUGGCCAAAGGCAUGGAGUUUUUGGCAUCACGGAAGUGUAUCCACAGGGACCUGGCAGCACGAAAUAUCCUCUUGUCGGAGAAGAACGUGGUUAAAAUCUGUGACUUUGGCUUGGCCCGGGAUAUUUAUAAAGACCCAGAUUAUGUCAGAAAAGGAGAUGCUCGCCUCCCUUUGAAAUGGAUGGCCCCAGAAACAAUUUUUGACAGAGUGUACACAAUUCAGAGUGACGUGUGGUCUUUUGGUGUCUUGCUCUGGGAAAUAUUUUCCUUAGGUGCUUCUCCAUAUCCGGGAGUAAAGAUUGAUGAGGAAUUUUGCAGGCGAUUGAAAGAAGGAACUAGAAUGAGGGCCCCUGAUUAUACCACACCAGAAAUGUACCAGACCAUGCUUGACUGCUGGCAUGGGGAGCCCAAUCAGAGACCCACGUUUUCAGAGUUGGUGGAACAUUUGGGAAAUCUGUUACAAGCUAAUGCUCAGCAGGAUGGCAAAGACUACAUUGUUCUUCCCAUAUCAGAGACUUUGAGCAUGGAAGAGGAUUCGGGACUCUCUCUGCCUACCUCACCUGUUUCCUGUAUGGAGGAAGAGGAAGUGUGUGACCCCAAAUUCCAUUAUGACAACACAGCAGGAAUCAGUCAGUAUCUGCAGAACAGUAAGCGAAAGAGCCGGCCUGUGAGUGUAAAAACAUUUGAAGAUAUCCCGUUAGAAGAACCAGAAGUAAAAGUAAUCCCAGAUUGGACUGAUGCCCAGCAAAAGCAAGGAGUCUGUGGCAUCUGAAGGCUCAAACCAGACGAGCGGCUACCAGUCUGGGUAUCACUCUGAUGACACAGACACCACGGUGUACUCCAGCGAGGAGGCAGAACUUUUAAAGCUGGUGGAGAUUGGACCACAAGCUGGCCCCGCGGCCCAGAUUCUCCAGCCUGACUCUGGGACCACACUGAGCUCUCCUCCUGUUUAAAAGGAGGCACCCACGUCCCCUACUCCUGGAAAUCAUAUGAGAGGUGCUGCUCAGAUUUUCAAGUGUUGUUCUUUCCACCACCAGGAAGUAGCCACAUUUGAUUUUCAUUUCAAAAAGAGGACCUCGGACUGCAGGGAGCCAGUCCCUUAGGCAUUUCCUGAGAAGACGCUUAUGACCCAAGAAUGUGUUUGUAUCUUCUUCCAGUGUUGACCUUAUUCUCUUUUUCAUUCAUUUAAAAAGCACGUAUGAUGCCCCCUACUGUGGAUCUCUCCAUGGGUUAAAACAAAAGAAGUUCAGGAAAUGACUUCGUCCUGCAAGAAGUAGCAGUACCUGGGGAGCUGACACUUCUGUAAAACUGGAAGAUAAGCCAGGCCAUGGAAGUGCUUUUGGUGUUGAAGAUGGGCAAGACCUUUAGGUCUGGGUCCAUCUCAGAAACUUUGUUUAGGAUGUGGGUCCUGAGCCAAGUCUUACGUGUGGGGUUUGGAUUGAUAGGAAGGAAGAUGUUGGCUCACUUUGAAGGCCUAAUGGAGUCUGCGAAUGCAUUGUGUUGGCUAUGGUGAAGGUGGGCAUGGGGUCUCUUAGGAAAUGUAAAGGCUUCAGACGAGGUUACUGGUUUUAGAAGGUUGCGUGCUCUUCCCAGUUGGGCUAAAUGAGAGUUCCUUGUGCUGUUUCCGACUCCUAAUGAGAGUUCCUUCCGGACUCUUACGUGUCUCCUGGCCAAGCCCCAGGAAGGAAAUGAUGCAGCUCUGGCUCCUUGUCUCCCAAGCUGAUUCUUUAUUCAGAACACCACAAAGAAGGGACAUUUGGACGGAGGCUCCCUGUCGUGUUGAAGAGUUCGGACUGUAUAAACCAGCUUCUGGUUUCUUCUGGAUGAAUACCCACAUGUCUGUCCUGAUGUGAUACGUCUGAGCCUGAAUGCAGUCGGUUGGGUAUCAAGCUGUGGUGUCAAAACUUCAAGAAGGCUUUUACUUUUUUGUUCCUUCUCCCUCCAACCCCUGGGCCUUCCCCAUCCCCCGCCCCUUUCACCCCCAACUAGUCAGUACUUUAGGAAUUUGGCCUCUACACCCUAGUAAAAGCUGAUUAGAUUUGUUCACUCUCUGAAUAAUUAUAGCCAGAUUGCAAAUUUUUUUAUAGCCCAAGUUAUAACAACAUCUGUUAUUUAGACUUUUAACAUGUAAAGCUAUUUCUACUGAUUUCUGCCCUUCCUCUUUCCUCUUUAAAAAAGAAAAUGUAUUUUUCAUUUGAUACCAUAGUGUGAGAUGCUGGGAACCAUGACUGUAAGACAUGCUAUGGCACAUAUAUUUAUAGUCUGUUUAUGUAGAAACAAAUGUAAUAUAUUAAAACCUUAUAUUAUAUAUAAUGAACUUUGUACUAUUCACAUUUUGUAUCAGUAUUAUGUAGCAUAACAAAGGUCAUAAUGCUUUCAGCAGUUGAUGCCAUUUUAUUAAAAAAAUUGAAAAACUUGAAGGAAUCCAUUUGCAAGCUUGCAUUACUGGACUUCUCAUUUCUCUCACUUCUAAAAUGGAGAUGGGGAAUCAGAUAUAAUUUCCAUGUGGUGGUUUUUCACUUUUACUUGUUCUCUUAUUCAUCUUAUAAGGGAUAUUUUCAUAAAAUGUUUAUAUACUUUAUAUAUCAAUAAAUGUAUUCUUAGUAAAAAAAAAACAAUGGUAGAAUAUUAUCACAACUAUGUUGAGGGUAAAUUUGUCUGGCUUGAGGUAUAGUUCCUUCUCCCCCUCAUUGUCGUCUUCAUUACACAAAUAAUUCAUGCACACUGCACUCUCAUUAUAUUCUGCGCACUUUUGAGAUUCUUAAAAUAUGAACUGAGGAAGACAUAAGUACUUUAAUAGUAUUUGUGGCCUUCCAGUAACCCCCAGGCCCGUUAGAAUAGCCAACCAUGAAAAUCAGAGGGUGAGAGAGCCCAAGACAGGUGGCCAGACCCAGGCAGUGCAGGGAAACAUGAAGCAUAUUUAUAGUUUUCAGUAAAUGUUUCUUUUUAUACUUACAGCGUCUGAACAUCAGAUCCUAUGUUGCCAUUUUCAAUGAUUACUUUCCCUGAAUUCAGUGAGUGGAAUUAUCUAACAAAUCAUUGGCACCAACAAGCAGCCCUAUUUUCUGUGGUAUUUUUUUAAUACAAGAUUUUGGAAUGGUCAUAUAGUCAAAUAUGCCUAUCUUUUUUGUUUUUUAAUGACUUCUAGGUUUUUAAAACUUAUUGAGGAAGGUCUGGGCUUGUCGAUUCUAAAAUAACCCAAAAUUCUAAAUUCUCUUCUUCUUUCUUUUAAUACAUUUAAAGCCAUUUGGGAUUUAUUUUUGUAUAUGGAGUGAGGUGGGGAUCUAGCUCUGUUUUCUUCAAGCAGUUGUUGAUCACGGCAGCACCAUUUAUUAAGUAUACAGUACCUCUCUUUCCCUGUGUUUGGGGAAAUAUAUACUGUAUCAUUUUUCAAACCCUAUCAUCUCACCGAGACAUUCUGCACAACUUUAUGAUGGACAACAGGGUGGCUGUGGGUGCAUGUAUUUCUUGGGGACAACACUUACAGAAUGGGCCAUUGGCUGGGAUUUGUGGGUUAGGGUCUUCUGACAGAUGUUGUUAAACUAUAGGUCAGGCCUGACCUCAUCUUUCCUGUUACUACAGUGUUGUUCAGUAAAUGAAUGGAAGGAGUCUAGAUUAUUCAAAAUAGAGAAAACCUCAUAGAAAACCAGAAUUUUCUUCAUUUUCGGAAAAAGAGAGUUUGUUUCUCAUAAGCGGCCCCUGGCCCUGUGUCCAAUGCCAGGAAUUUGGAUUCAGUUGAAACUGCACACUUCAUAAAAUGCUUUCAACACCUCGGGCACAAUGAUUAAGAGGUGAGGUUUGGCUUUCUCCUUUCUCUUCUGUCUUCCAUGCCUCUUGUUCUUAGCUCCUUUUCUCUUCUCAUUUGCCCCUGUAUUGAAGAGGACUUUGUGUCUUUUUAAAGUGCCUCCUGCAUGGUCUUAUUUUCAAAGCUUUAAUUGUUUUAGGUGAUGCCACAGUGUCUCCCCUUGGCUCCUGGCCUCCCUCCUUCUCUCCCUUUACUUGCUUUGUUCUUCUCCCUCCUCUCAAACUACUCUGUCCCCUCACCUUCCAUUUCUUUCUUUCCACUAAACUUCCUCUCCUCUGCACCCUCCUGCCCUGACCCCCAGCAUCCUUUCUCCUCAACCACAUCACAGGAGAGAAGAUAGGAGGUUUACCACAUUGCCUCUGGACUAUGUUUUCCUAUCAAUGCACAUUGCUUUGUCCUCUUCAAUGAAAGGAAAGAAGAAAAGUAAAAAUCUCAAGUCCACAGCUUUGCAUUUAACUUAACCCAAUUUUCCUGUCUCCCCUAGCAUGUCUUUCUUUCUACUCUCACUCAGAUAUUUAUCACUAAGAUGAUAAAAUGUAGGCAACCCCAGAAAGCUAAAGCCUUUGAGAGAGUAGCUUUUCAUCUUUCCACAUUUGCAUGCCUUUUCCCUUAGGGGCAGUAGGCAUAUCAUGUCCAUGUUUUCUUGCAUAUGUAGUAAGCACAGCUCACUGUUUUUAUAAAAUUGCAUUUUCUACAUGAAUCUCUUCCACAUAAUCAGACAGUCUUUGUGAAAGCAAUUUUAAGUCCAAUUUUUGAGGAAAAGUUAAAGAGUGCUCCUAGGUGAUGAAGAGACUGAAAAAGUACACUGAAGUCAUUUACUCUGGUUUUGAUCAGAAUGGAGAGAAGCAGAGGAAUCUGGAAGGAGUAACCCAAAAAGAAAUUUAACAGCUAAAUUGGCCUGAAGUUCUGGAGCUAAAGUAGAACAUACUAGGCUCAGCAGAGGUCUGACACAGAUAAGGGCUUUGAAUUAAGAAAACGUGUUCUAAUGACGACUACUGAUAAGCCAAGGAUUACAGAAAACUGUGAUGGAUAUCAGGUGAAUGUUAGUGAGAAGACAUCAAAUUGUACCUUAGAUUUUACUUUCUUUACAAUGCAACGUAUGACCUUUAUGUAACUUCUUGACACCUGUAAAACAUUAAAUUCAGUAAUUUCACUCUAUUUUUUUGGUUUAAAAAUAAAAGAACAGAAAUA